AUGACCGAGGAUCAUCGAGGCAAGGUGCCAAGCUGGGAUGGGGAUCCCAAGACUUGGCGGACGUACAGGCGGAAGGCCCUCCAGUACCAGGAGGGCACCAAGAGGGAGGACAGGUACUUGUGCGGCCCGCGGCUGGAGGCGAAGCUCACGAGCCGGGCCGAGAUCGCGGUCGAGCGAUGCAAGGCUGGCUGGCUCUCCAGGCCCGACGGCGUGGAGCGGCUCCUGGCGUGGCUGGAGCGCAGGUGCUCUAGACAGGCUGUGCCCGACGUCGGCCAGGAGCUAGAGACAUUCUUGAUCAAGACGAAGCGCCGCAAGCUAGAGCCGAUGCAGCAGUGGACGGACCGCUUCGAGACCGGGUACCAGUACCUCAGGCGCGCGUUGGCGCGCGCGCUCGGACACACAGUUCCAAUUCAGGUCGCGCCACCGUGGAAGAGGUCCGGGCGACCUUACCGUUGGAUCGAGGUCGAACGUGACUGGCCAUUCGAGGGUAGCGAAUGGACGUGGGAGUACACGGACGGCCUGCCAGACGAUGAGAAAAAGGAGUCGCACCACUGGAGCGCUGCUGACCAAGACGCGGACGCCGAGGAGGAGCUCGGGGACAUGCCGGAGGUGUUCCCUAGCCUGGUCUUGGGCUGGCUGAUGCUCGUGCGGUCGGGGCUCGACUCGCGCGAGAGGGCUGCCAUCAUGACGGCGACGGGCGGCUCGCUGGAAGUCAACAUCAUCCGGGAGAAGCUGAUCUCGAGCUGGGAGGACGACGACCUGGCGGAGCGCGACGGGCACUCGAGGUCCCCGAAGGCGUACACAGCCCAGCUGGGAGAAGAUGAUCGUACGUGGCUUGACGGAGACGAUGGGCCAGACGCGAGCAGCUUCGCAGCCGACGUGGAGAACUACGAGUGGCAGGAGGAAGACCCAGGCCAGGAGGAGGCGAACGAUGACGAGAUCGAUACGUACUUGGCAGCUCAGCAGGAGGAGGCGGAGGCGCUUGCGGCGAUUCACACCGCCCAGCGCACCCUCCGCCAGGCUCGGGAGGCCCAGGCCGACAGCCGGCUGAGCAGGGGCUUCUACCGGGGAGGAGCUGCUGGCACGCCAGAGGCGAGCGCGAAGGUAGCUGAGUGCAGAAGGGAGCUGAAGCUCAACCUCGUGGCCUCGCUGGUCGCCGAGCAGGAGCCUCAGGACGUGGAGUGCGAGGCGAUGUUCGCAGACCAGGCCAUCCGCGAGGGCAAGGGCAUCGUCGACCUAGGGCUGCUGGAUGUGAACCAGGACUACAGGCCAGUCUAUAGCUUCGGGAACGGCGAGAAGGGACGCGCCUACGGACAGGUGAAGUUCGGCAUCACGGGCGCGGGCAUGGAGGGCGAUAUCGCCAUCAACGGCUUCUCGAAGGAUGUCCCGAUCCUGGUGUCCAAGAAGGUUCUAAAGAAGCUGGGAGCCGUCGUGGACUGCGAGACUGGGGUGACCGUGUUCGUGAAGCUCGCACCGGACAUCCCCGUUCAGCUGGAGGAGUCACCUGAUGGAGGACACCACUACAUGAGCCUGGUUGACGACUUGCUGGAGCAGCGCAUUAGGGACCAGAACCAGCUGCGGAACUUCAAGACCAUCUGCGAGAACAUCAGUGAGUGGGACAGCAGGCCAGUGGCCGCAGUGUGCCAGGGGCCAGACAGCAGCUCGGAUACUCGGGCUCAGCAGUUGGAGCGCUACAUGUAUCCAUCUCAAUCGGAUCACAGCGUUGUCCUCGAUGAGUCUACAGUCGGAUCGCAUGCUCGUGCAAUGCGGCCGCUUCAGAUGCCAACGUCUCGCAGUGCGGUGCAGGGCCUCUACAAGGCGGAGGUGCUCCACCUACUCCAGGAGCUUGGCCUACCGUGCAGUCCGGCCUGGGGCGUGGACGAGCUGAAACAGGUCCUCAAGGGACACAUGUUUCCGAAGGACGAGACGCCGGCGCAGGUGGCCAUGAAGGGCCUCAGCUCGAUGAAGAAGUCCCAGCUGUUGGUGAAGGCCGAAGAGGUAGGCGCCCACGUGACACACGGCAUGACGAAUCCGUCACCCAAGCUCUCGAUCCGCAAGGCCAUCCUCAUGAAGCACGCACCAGAGCCGACCGACCACAUGGGCUUCGGGAAGCACGGAGCCAUGACCUACCAGCAGGUUCGGAGCCAGUACCCGUCCUACGCGUCCUGGUGCCAGAAGGAGUCGAACAAGGAGAGCAGCUGGGAGCUGGCCCGGUUUGCCUCAUGGCUCAACGAGCAGGAGAACAUCGACGAGAAGGCGGAGGUGACCAGGGAUCCGAAGGAGGUCCCGAAGGAGCCGGUCCAGGCUCGAGGGGGCGCGAGGUCAUCCCGCAGGAGGACGGUGGACGCGAUCAUGGAGGACGAGAUCGUGGAGCAGGAAAGGCUCGAGGCUGCGAUCAAGGUGAAGAAGGAGGAGAAGGAGUCCAACCGCUUGGUCCAGGAGCAGGUGCUGGCGGCGCUGAACCAGCUCAACCAGAGGAUCGGCCUGAACUGCACCAAGGAGCUGGACCCCAGGAAGCAGCGCUGGCUCGCCAAGUGCAUCAAGGAGAACGGCCACUUGGAGGACUACGAAGCGCUGGUGGCUCACGGCGGCACUAAGCUGAUGGAGGUCGCAUGCAACCCAACGUCCAUCCUGAGCACGAAGAUGGCGAAGAAGUUCGGAGAGGACGCUGUAUGUCGCAUCAGUGCCUGGAAUGGUUUCAAGCUGGGGACCAAUGGCGGCAACCAAAGGGCUCGAGAGGCACGUGAUGAAGCCGAACCAGACCACCUGUGGAUCAGUACGAGGUGCGGCCCGCUAUCGAACCUUACCCUCGGCUUCAACGGUUCCAACCCCAUAAGGGCCGAGGCCACCAGGAAGCGCAGGAUGCAAGCCAUCAAGGAGUACAAGGGCGCGGUGCAGCUGGUGUACGACCAGGUGGCUCAAGGCAAGCAUGUACACUGGGAGUGGCCCAUCAAGUGCGAGGGCUGGGGCCACACGAUGAUCAGGAAGAUGGUGGAGGACUGUUCAAUGACUGUGGUGAAGGUGGCAGGCUGCCAGCUCGGUGUGAAGGACACGAAGGGCCUGCCGCUGCUGCAGGAGUGGCUGAUCGAAGAUGGAGGCGGUCUCACAGCGGCCACCAGCUACUACCCGGACGAGUUUGCAAGGCGAGCGGUUCGUGCGAUGAUCGAGGAGGCCGCGCCAGACUACCACGAGUUCCUGAGGUGCUUGGCAGAGCCCGAGAAGGUGAUCGACCAGGCGAUGGCAGCCAACCAGGAGGAGACGAAGAUGAACACAGACGUGAACUCGAAGGAGUACCAGCAGAUCAUGAAGUGGCUCACCUCGAUCCACCGCGGCUCAGGUCACAGCUCGAAGGCCCCCAUGCUGAACGCGCUUCGGAGGAAGGGCGCCAGCCCACAGGUGCUACAAGUGGCCAAGGACUUCCACUGCGACGCAUGCGAGGAGGCGAACAAGUUCAAGCCUACGCAUCCGCCCGUCAGCUUAGAGGCCAUCCCGCCAAAGUGGAAGCACAUCCAGGCGGACCAGUUCGAGUGGGGGCACCCGCAGACGAAGGUCAAGUCCAAGAUUUCCCUGAUCAUAAACGAUAACUGCAGGGUGCGAGUUAGCAAGCUGCUCUACCACAUGGUUGGCGAGGACCGGCACAGGAACCCAGUAUGGGCGGACCUCAAGUUGUUCUACGAGGAGCGCUGGAUGCCCUACUUCGGCAAGCCGCAGAGGGUAAAGGUAGACCCCGAAGGAUCAUGGAUGUCCAAGCAAGCGGCUGGGCACUUCGAUUCCGACUCCAUCGGGUACGAACCCAUACCUGGCCAGGCUCAUUGGCACAUCUCCCUCGCCGAGGAAGCCAUCCAGGCCGCCAAGGGGACCAUGGACAAGCUGGCGGCGGAGAACCCCGAGAUGACGACGGGCACCAGACCUGGACGGACACUUCUUGAGAGCGACUUUGACGAGCUGCCCUACGUGGAGGCCCAGAGGGUCGACAAAGAGUACGGGGAGAACUACGCCAGGAUGUACGCGGCAGAGCAAGAGUACCUGAGACAGGUCUACAUGCGGCGCCUCAGCAGAGCGGAGAACGCGAAGAAUCAGGCGGUGAAGUCCGCGGUGCCAGGCAUGUGGGCGCGCUACUUCAGGAAGGAGAAGGGCGAAGCCAAGGGCCGCUUCAAGGGGCUCGCGAGGGUCCUGGCCACAGAGACAGCGCGGCCGGUAGACGGCGACCUUGGCGAAGGACGUGUCCUACACCCUGGGCGUGCAGGAUCCGUGGUGUGGCUUGUAAGAGCAGGGCGUAUCAUCAAGGUGGACUUCUGCCAGAUCCGAACGGCUUCCUCACGGGAGAUCGCAUGCGCCGAGCUGAUGGGAGGCAAGGACACGCCCUGGACGGUCCACACCUUCAUGAAUCAGGCGCUGAACCACGAGUACCUGGACUUCACUGGCCACGACCCCACCGAGAAUGACGUGGAGAUCUCGACCUGGGAGGGGCUGCCUGUUCCAUUGGAGGGCAAGCCGCUCAAGCAGGCCACGAGGCAUAUGAGCACCUACAUGGCGAGCCUGCUGCGGAAAGGCAAGCGCGAGAUUUCGGAGAGGUGGAUUCUCGACAGGAAAAUGGACGAGAACACGGGCGCGAAGAAGCCGAAGGCGAGGAACGCUGUUCUGGGUUACAUGGACUCCGAGUACGAGCACCGUCCGACUACCGCUCCAACCAUGACGAGAACUUCAAGGCACCUGGUUCUGCAGGCGAUGGCGUGGCUGGGCUUCAAGGGCUACAAGGCGGACGUGACGGGAGCUUUCACGCAGAACCGAGAGAUUCAGCAUGACCUAUGCGUGAUGCCCGUGAAGGAGUUAGCGGCAGCCCUGGGGAUGCCCGAGGGUGUUGCCAUGCGGCUCAGGAAGGCGGUCUACGGGCUCGUGGAGGCGGCGAUCGAGUGGUUCAUGACCGUGAGCGAGGCGCUGGAGGAGUUCGGUUGGGCCCAGAUGAAGAUGGACCCCUGCGUGUGGGUGCUCUACGGUGACGCGCACGGCAAGGAUACCAGCUUCACCAAGGAGGCGCUGAAGGAUUUCACGAACCCAGGAGUGCUGGAAUACCUGAUCGCGGCGAAGGGAGACUUGGACAUCAUAGCCAUUGCGGGCUCGCACGUGGACGACUUCCUGCUCGGUGGCAACGACGCGGACCCCAGGUGGAUCACCGCCCGGGAGCAGAUCGAGAAGCGCUUCAAGUGGAAGGCCUGGGAGUCGGAGGAGUUCAUGCAGACGGGGGUGAGGAUCAAGCAGCAGCCCGACAGGAGCUUCCGCAUGGAUCAGAGCGAGUACGUGAAAACCAUCGAGAAGGCGUACCUCACCCCGGAGCGCAAGAAGGCCAAGGACAUGCCGACCACUGACAAGGAGAAGGGCCAGCUGAGGGCUAUCUUGGGAGCCAUCGGGUGGAGGUCCGAGCAGUCAGGUCCCAUGCACUCGGCCGACGCCAGCCUAUUGCUCAGUACGAUACCCUCUUCCACUGUGCAGACCAUCAACGAGACCAACCGACUAGUUGAUCGUGUUCGUGAAUGUGCUGACCUACCCGUGGUGAUCCACAGCCACUCUCAGUCACAGGUGUUGGUGCCAGUGGAGUGGUCUGACUCUUCCGAGGCCAACCGACCCGAUGGGAAGUCCACGAAGGGCCUGGUGGCAGGGCUGGCACCUCUGAAGAUCCUCAAGGGUGACGAGGCGGACGUGAGCCUCAUAUCCUGCAAGCCAGGCAAGAUCGAUCGUGGUUGCCGCAGUUCCGUGGCAUGUGAGACACGCUCAGCUGUGGACGCGGAGGACGAGCUGUUCGGUAUCAAGUUGCAGUGGCUGGAGAUCCUGGGCAACAACAUCGACUGGAGGAGUCCCGAGGGAGUUCUACGCAGACCGCCACCAGCGGUGGUUGUGGACUCGAAAGGGCUGUACGACAAGCUGCAGACGACGGUCUACACCUUCCGGGGCAAGGAGAAACGGACUGACGUGGAGGCGAUGACGCUGAAGCUGCGGAUGUGCUUCAACAACGGGCACCGCUGGAAGUUAGUCUACGACGAGAAGUACCAGAGUGCGCGUAAGAGGAAGGCAGCUGGGAUCCAGCCGUUCGAACACGUGGGAGUUGGGAUUCUGAAGACUCCAUGUGGUUCUACAGUUCAUGUCAAUGCAGCUGCGGGCCCCGACUUCCCGCCAUACGAGGCCAUGACCGAGUGCAGUUCAGACGAGGAGGUAGACUCAAGGAUGCUCAGCUUGGAGGACCCUUAUCUGUGCAAUUCCGAGUACGAGCAA